AAAUAAAAUAAGCAGUAGGCCAUGUCUACUUUUGAAUUAUUGCACCAACAAUGGAAACUUUAGAGCUGGAAAGCUAAAUGUUAAAAAACGCUGUCGGCAAGGAAUUAUUGUACUGAUCAGAUCAGUAGCAUUACCCAAUUCCACUCAAUCACUCAUCUUUUGCUUCUGUUAAUCUUCACACCUACACAGAGAUAGAGAGAGAGAAAAAAGAAUGGCUUGUGUAGCUGUAAAUUCUCUUAUCACAACAUUAGAGCUGGAGUUCUUGCAACCCCAGCCUCGUCCAAUCCUACAACAAAUGGAACUCAUCCCUUUUAACAAAGACCUCAUCCAAUCUCUCCAUGGAAAGCUUGGUUUUCUGAUACAACUGUUCGACAAGAGCAGAAUGGAUGGUGUUGAAGCAAUUAAAGAGUUGGAAACAAAGCUCAGAGAUGUAGCUUUCAGAGUAGAAGAUGAAAUUGAGCUCCAUGUGGUAGAUCUCUAUAAAGAAGCUGACGAGGAAAUGGGACAAGGGGACACUGAAGCCAAGAAAACCCAGCAUUGUCAUAGACUUAGUCAUGUAUUGCAACAAGCAAUAGAAGACAUUUAUGCCAUUAAAGAAGAGCUGGAGAAAGUCAUGAUGGAGUACAAGCAUGUCAUAGCUGUGCAAGGAAGGGAGACUACACUUGUUGAUGAUGUUGUUUCAAAAUCUGAUGAUGAACUUGUCAAGACAGACGGUUCCGGUUCCUCCAAUCGUGCUUCACACACUGAGGACAUAAUGGUCGGGAAAAACAAUGAGUUCGACAUUAUAAUGAAGAUGCUAAUACAACAUUCAUCUAAACAACGAGAAGUUGUCUCAAUUCAAGGUAUGGGAGGAAUUGGCAAGACAACAUUAGCAAGACAAGUUUAUGAAAACCCAUCAACUGUCUCCCACUUUGACAGACGACUAUGGGUUGUUGUAUCACAACAUCACAAUAAGAGGCAAAUGCUCUUAGGUCUUCUUGGUUCUAAUGUAAACAAUAGCAGUGAUGGGGACCUAGCAUUACGACUCUACCAAAGUUUGAAGGGUCAAAGGUACUUGGUAGUGAUGGAUGAUGUAUGGAGCAAAGAGUCAUGGAAUGAUGUUAACUCUUGCUUUCCAGAUGAUAAAAAUGGGAGUCGAGUAUUGUUGACUACUCGCAUUGCAGAGGUGGCUACUUGUAUUGGCUCUAAAAGUUACUUCUCCCAUCAAAUGCACUUAUUAGAUCAAAGUGAAAGUUGGGAAUUAUUUCAUAAAAAGGCAUGCAAAUCACAUGGUGUUGAAUUUGAGACAAUUGGGAGACCAAUUGUUGAGAAAUGUAAAGGAUUGCCAUUGGCAAUUGUUGUGGUAGUAGGUUUAUUUUCAAAACUCAACACCCUAGAUGAGUGGAAGAAUACUGCUAAUGCUCUAAUAAGUUCUUCAACAUCAACUCUAGAUGAUGGAGAAUGUUGGAGAAUCCUCUCAUUGAGUUAUAGUCACUUGCCCCAUAAUUUAAAAGCUUGUUUUCUAUAUUUAGGAGUUUUUCCAGAAGAUUAUAAGAUCAAUGCUAACAAUCUUGCAAGGUUAUGGGCUGCGGAAGGAUUUGUAAAAGCAUUCAACAAUGAGAGUUUUGAAGUGGCUAAAAGGUACAUAAAUGAACUUAUGGAUAGAAACUUAAUUCUUGUAAGCAAAAGAAGUAGUUGUGGAAGAAAAAUUAAGGAGUUUAGAGUACAUGAUUUAUUGCAUGCCUUUUGUGUAAAAGAAAGUCAGAAUCAGAGCCUUUUGCAUGUUGCAUAUGAAAGUGGUUCCAAUUUCCCUGAGAAAGGUGUGCGUUGGAUAAGAAUGGAAAGGGUGUCAUUUGAAGAUUUUGACAUCUCUGCAUUACAUUCUCUGUCAAAACACUGCUGGUCUAUCUUUUAUUUUCCGGAGUGGCGCAAACAUUCAAUAAUUUUGGAAUUUUUCAACCUAUUGAGGGUACUCUAUGUUACUGAUGAAUUCCAAUCGCCAAGUCCGACUGUUCAUAUCCAUUUGAGAUACCUAUGGAUAUUGAAGGCAGGUAGACGUAGACAGAGUCCUUAUGAUUCAUUAUUCUCCAACGCUUGGAAUCUUCAAACAUAUAGUGCGUAUGAAGAUAUUAAAUUGAACCAUUUGAAUUUUCCACAACUACAGUAUAUUCACUGUGAUGCAUUUUCUGGAGCUUUUCCCAAUUCUGUUCAUCAAAACUUGCAGGCCAUUAAUCGUUUUCCGGAUAGUCAUUGCAACCAAGAGUUCUUAACAAUAGUUCCUUACCUGAAGAAGGUAACUAUUCAUAUGAGCAGAAUAGAUGAUAGCACUAAGAACCUUGUCUGCUUAGAGCAGCUCGAGAGUUUGUCUAUUCGUGUUUAUAUAUUCUGGCUUGGAAUUGAGGAUAUGAUGGCUCCAAUCGUUAACAAUAUUCUUCUCUUGAGAAACAUUAGAAAGCUGAGGUUUGAUUUUAUGCAUUCUGAGUGGAAGGUAAUUAAUAAUGUUUUGAGCAAGUUACAAACGCUUGAGGUGCUCAAGUUCAGGGCUUCUAACCUUGGCGAAAAGUGGGAAGUACCAGAGAAUGAGAAAUUCAGCAACUUAAUUUCUUUGGAAAUUUCGCGUGGUAAUCUCAUGCAUUGGGAAGUUGGUGCUGAUAGUUUUCCAAAACUUGAGCGCCUAUUCCUUAACAGAUGCCUUGAAUUGAGAGAGAUCCCGAAUAGCUUUGCAGACAUUCAAACAUUGAACUUCAUCCAAUUAGACUGGUGUAGUACUUCUAUAGUGAUGUCAGCCAAGAAAAUUCAGGCUGAUCAGCGUGACUAUGGAAAGGAGAAUAUGGUUGUCAUUUUGAACAGUAUACCUGUCGAUUUUGGAGAUGACUCCGAUGAAGGCGAGUUUGAGGAAGAUGACUCCGAUGGAGGCGAGCUUGAUGAAGAUGACUCCGAUGAAGGCGAGUUUGAUGAAGAUGACUCCGAUGAAGGCGAGUUUGAUGAAGAUGACUCCGAUGAUGGCGAGUUUGAUGAAGACGACUCCGAUGGAGGCGAGCUUGAUGAAGAUGAGGAGUAGAAUAAAAGAAGGGUGUGGGAAGAGCAUGCAGAUGGUUGUUGUGGCUGUUUUGCAAUCUUGGUGUUUGAAAUGGUUUUUGCUUAACAGGUUCUUCAGCUGCAAAUUAGAAUAGGGUAUACAUUACUAUAUUACUGUCUGUCUUGUAUCUGCCUCUAGGAAUGAACAAUAUAAUCUGCUGGAUUUAAGGCCUGCUACUUGCUAGAUGGAUUUAAGAAUUGAACAAAUAUUUUGAUCUGAUCAACAAUAUAAUAUUAA